GCAACCUUCACAAUCUUUUGUGGUUGUGGCACAGAGUAAAUGUACGUGAACACCAUCUUCUUCCGCUAGAGCCAAGCGAAGUAUACCAUCACUAUGGUGAAGAUCAUUGAAAAGAUUCGUGAUAGACGUGCUAAACUGCGAUAUCGAAGCAACGAUUCACGGCAGCCCUCUCUGCACGACUGUCAACUGAACUUUCCGGGCGGAAACUGGUACUAUUCGUUCGAGUUUUUUCCCCCAAAAACGGAGGCUGGUCUUGAUAACCUUCUUACAAGAAUUGAUCGCAUGGCUCAGCGGCUGGAUCCUCUCUUUAUUGAUGUCACGUGGGGAUCCGAUAAGACAUCUGCACGGACCAUGGCUUUAGCCAGCCAUGCGCAAAAAUAUCUGGGCGUGGACGUCCUUCUCCAUUUGUCUUGUCAGGGUAUGACACGUGAUCAGCUCAUCCGUGUUUUGGAUCAAGCCAAAGUCUUAGGCAUUCACAAUAUAUUGGCGUUACGUGGAGAUCCACCCAAAGCAAAGAAGCACUGGCAAGUGGGAGAUGUAAGUGGUGGAGAGUGCGAGCGGGCAAUCGAUUUGGUUCGACUCAUCCGGAACACAUAUGGAGAUUACUUUGGAAUUGCCGUUGCGGGCCACCCAGAGGGACAUCCUUCUUCAACAAGUCCGGAAGACGAGCUUGAUCAUCUCAAAGAAAAGAUGCGGGCUGGUGCAGAUUUUAUUAUUUCACAGUUUGUCUACGAUACCGAACGCUUCCUAGACUUUUGCUAUCGCUGUCGUGACGUCGGAAUCCAGUGUCCCAUUUUACCCGGCAUCAUGCCGAUACAAAGCUAUUCCAGUUUUACUCGGAUGACUCAAUAUUGUGGUGUUAGCGUUCCCGACGAGAUCUGGAAGCGAUUGGAACCAAUCAAAGACGAUGACGAAGCAGUCAAAGAAAUCGGUUGUUCGCUCGCCGCAGAGAUGUGCCGGCAAAUUUUGGCGGAUCCUAUAGCUAAGAUCGACGGAGUACAUUUUUACACUUUGAACUUAGAACGGAGUGCAACGAGAAUACUGAUGCAACUUGACGGUACGGUCAAUUCUGGGUUGGUCGACAAAAUUCGAACAAAAUCGGGAAGGAUACUACCUUGGCGUCCGUCUGCAAUGACGGGACGAUCUAAGAUGGAACAGGUGAGACCUAUCAACUGGGCGAAUCGACCCAAGAGCUAUGUGCUGCGCACAGAGGACUGGGACGAGUUUCCGAAUGGCCGUUGGGGUGAUUCAACUUCCCCAGCUUUCGGGGAACUCUCGAAUUUUAGUCACUACUAUUCAUUUUCAUUAGGCAGUGAAGAUGAUCAGCGUAACAUGCUGGGAAGCAAUCCGACAAAGUCAGAAGAUGUAUACGAAGUUUUCGCCUUAUACAUUGAAGGCAAGAUACCACAUAUACCAUGGUGUGAAGCAACGCUUCAACCUGAAUCUUUUCUCAUUCAGACCAAGCUCGCUGCACUAAACCGGGCCGGCUUUCUAACCAUCAACAGCCAACCUUCUGUAAAUGCGGCACUAAGUACGCAUGAAUCGUUUGGUUGGGGAGGUCCGGGGGGUUACAUAUACCAAAAGGCCUAUUGCGAAUGCUUUUGUAGUCCCGAGAACAUGCGUUGCUUAGUUAACAUGGUCAAACAAAAUCAAUCAAUGAAUGUUUACGCGGUCAACAAUGCUGGGAAUUGUAUUCAAGAGGGAACAGAGCUUGGAGGCGUGACGGCGCUGACGUGGGGUGUUUUUCCGAAUCGAGAGAUCCUUCAGCCGACGAUCUUUGAUCCCAGAAUAUUUCUUGUUUGGGCAGAAGAAGCAUUUUCUCUUUGGACGAGCAUGUGGUCCAAUCUAUAUGAUUACGAUAGCGAUAGCUUUGAUUUGAUCGAAACUAUUCGUGACACGUACUAUCUUUGUGCGAUCAUUGACAACGACUAUAUUUCGGAAAGCAAUCGACCGUCUCUCUGGGAAGGUAUUUUAAACGCAUCCCAGUGGCAAUUGUAGUUUUGCAAGCCGCAUUUGGAGCAAGAUGUGACAGCAGGAAUAACCUUAUUCCAGCGUAAAUGGAAGUUGCUAUCAAAAUCUCAUAUGAGUGGGACCUGGUAACACAAAGUGGCGCGGAUUGCAAUACCUGAAAACGGUAACCCUAUUUAAAUUGAUAUUUGAUGC